AUGGGCGGGGCAGAAGGAGGGGAGGUCUGCGCCUGUCACCUUUUGUAUCAGCGCGGACAGACAGGCAGUGCGGGACAGAAGGCUGUGCGGGGAGAGAGCGACCCAGAAGCUACACAGGGAAACCAAGCACCGCAGUCCAGGCAUGAAGGAUGUGGACGUGGGAACGGCGUCUGUGUUUCUGGAGAUAAGUCUGAUUUAGUGAUUGAAGUGUCUGGAAAGAAACUUGAAGCGCAUAAAGCCGUUUUGGCUGAGAAAAGUGACUAUUUCAAGGCGCGGCAGUUCCGAGACGUAUGCCGAUUAAAGGGGGUGAGUUUUAAGACUUUGACAAUAUUGGUGGAUUACAUUUACUCGUACCGAAUGCAGGUUAGUAAGGUUAAUAUUGUAGAGGUCGUCACCCGGGCUAAAGUGUUAUAAAUCCGGGCUAAAGUGUUAUAAAUUCUUUUCGCAGUUCAAGCUGCUGUCGAUAAAAUGUCGGAGCAGAUUACCGCUGAGAACUGCUAUGAGAUUUUGACAAUAGCCAAAAGGCAAUGUAUCGGUGAAUUGAAGCAGAAAGCCUACAAGCACAUGAGUGACAAUUUUCUGGAAAUACUGCGUGAUCCUGCUGUCUAUGGGCGUUUGACGGGAGGGGAGAGAGAGCUGAUUCUCACUAUGAGAAUGGAGGGAAAGAGGGCGUUGGUGGUGGCUGAAAUCAACGAGGUGUAUGACCGCGCCGGGAGCAGACCUCCAAGCCGUGAGAACAGUCGCCCCCAGAGCCCUCUAUCGAUGGUGUCCCUGGAGGAGAACCAUGUGAUUUACUAUUACAACGAGGAGACAAAGGACUGGAAAGUGCUGACGAAGAUGCCGGAUGAAAUCAACACAAAGGGCUCUGGGAUAUGCACCAUGUACAAUUAUCUAUUCGUAGCAGGUGGAAUCAAAAGGCAGGACGACAAAGGCAAGGUCUCGGACAAGGUGUUCUGCUACAACCCUCUCACUGACAGCUGGAGCGAAAUACGACCGCUCACCCAGGGUCGGUCUCAGCUCAAACUGGUGUCCAUGGACGGGUACCUAUUUGCAAUCGGAGGGGAGUGUCUCUUCACGGUGGAGAAAUACGACCCUCGCACUGACAGAUGGAGCCCUGUGGCGCCGUUACCAAAAGGGGCGUUCGCUGUUGCGCACGAGGCAACGACCUGUAAUGGAGAGCUGUUCGUAUCCGGAGGCUCUCUCUUUUAUCGUCUGCUAAGAUAUGACAGUAGAAGAGCUGACUGGGAGGAAUGCCCGUUCAACAACAGCAGGAAGAAAUCCACCGACAUGGUGGCGUUCAAAAACUUCAUCUACAGGUUUGACGUCAACCGUGACUAUGGCGUCAACGUGUUCAAAUACAACACUGUGGUGAAAAUAUGGCAUGACAGUGCGUCCCUGGAGCAGACCAACCCUUUGCCCUUUCGCUGUGCUGUCAUUGGCAACACUAUUUACUGUGUGAACAAGUCACAAACAUUGCAGUUUGUUGUGGAAGAGGAGAAUGAACAGUUUUUGCCUGAGGCAGAAGCACUCAAAGCACCUGUAGAGGCUAAAGGCGCCCUUGUUCCAUUUGUCCUGGCUCUGCCCAAGACAGCCUGAGACAGAAUAAUGAACAAUAUUUACCUAUUUUUGGAGACUCACUAAAGCGGCCUCAGAAAUGUCAUUUGAGGACAAAAUAUGUUGUGUUUGAUAAAAGACUGUGAUAAGAAUGAUACAUUAAAUAAUUUGUCAAUUUUCAUGAACAGUAUUUGUAAUUCCUACCAGAGGACAGUAAUAUUGUGAAAGGCUUCUCUUAUCUUGCCUCUAUGGCUAUACACUUCAACAGCUCUACAGAAACAACGUAGACUAGUGUAUAGACCUAGGUGAUGUCAAUAGGCAGAACCUUUUCAUCAACAGCACUGCCAAAGCAAUAUUUAUUCCCAAGUGUUUAUAAUUCAAUGUCAAUAUAACUAUUGCAUGAUUGAAAUAGUUUUCCUCUCUGAGAGUAUUACCUGUUAUUACUAAGUGGAAACAUUGCCGUGUUCUCUCUGAGAGUAUUACCUGUUAUUACUAAGUGGAAACAUUGCCGUGUUCUCUCUGAGAGUAUUACCUGUUAUUACGAAGUGGAAACAUUGCCGUGUUCUCUCUGAGAGUAUUACCUGUUAUUACGAAGUGGAAACAUUGCCGUGUCCUCUCUGAGAGUA